GCGGCCGCCCCCUGCCUCAGGCCCCGCCCCGCCACCGCCCCGCGCCGCCUGCGCCCGCCGCCGCUGCCUUUUCAGGGCCUUCUGGGAGUUGUAGUUUCGCCCGUCGCGCUGUGCUGGUGAGUUGCAUCCUGGGACAGCUGUGUCCGGGUUCGGCGGUGUGCGCAGCAACUGGGCGCCCAGGGCAGGAUCGUCCCGGCUCCCUCGGCCGAGCGUUUUCGUUUUCCGCCACCGGCAGCGUUUUGGCCCGCAGAGGUGAAGGCUGGCACCAUGGACGUUAACCAGCCCAAGCAGGAGCACUUGCUGGCUCUAAAAGUGAUGAGGCUAACCAAACCUACUUUAUUCACUAAUAUUCCAGUGACUUGUGAAGAAAGAGAUUUGCCAGGUAAUCUCUUUAACCAGCUCAUGAAAGAUGAUCCUUCUACUGUAAAGGGAGCAGAAACUUUGAUGCUAGGAGAAAUGCUGACUUUGCCUCAAAAUUUUGGAAAUAUAUUUCUGGGAGAGACAUUUUCCAGUUACAUUAGUGUACACAAUGACAGUAAUCAAGUUGUCAAGGACAUACUGGUAAAGGCUGAUCUUCAGACUAGUUCUCAGCGCUUGAACCUUUCAGCUUCUAGUGCUGCAGUGGCAGAACUUAAACCUGACUGUUGCAUUGAUGAUGUGAUCCAUCAUGAAGUAAAGGAGAUAGGAACACACAUCCUAGUUUGUGCAGUAAGUUACACUACGCAGACAGGAGAGAAGAUGUACUUCAGAAAGUUCUUCAAAUUUCAGGUUCUUAAACCACUAGAUGUGAAAACCAAAUUCUACAAUGCUGAGACAGAUGAAGUGUUUCUAGAAGCUCAGAUUCAGAAUAUCACUACCUCUCCAAUGUUUAUGGAGAAGGUUUCUUUAGAACCAUCUAUGAUGUACAAUGUGGCAGAACUGAACACAGUUGACACAGGAGGGGAAAGUGAGUCUACUUUUGGCUCAAGAACUUAUUUACAACCUAUGGAUACACGUCAAUAUUUAUAUUGCCUAAAACCAAAGCAAGAAUUUGCAGAGAAAGCUGGAGUAAUAAAAGGUGUAACAGUGAUUGGUAAACUAGACAUAGUAUGGAAAACUAAUCUGGGUGAACGAGGAAGGCUGCAAACUAGCCAGCUCCAAAGAAUGGCUCCUGGUUAUGGCGAUGUAAGGCUUUCUUUGGAGACAAUACCAGACACCGUAAAUUUGGAAGAACCUUUUGACAUUACAUGUAAAGUAACAAACUGCAGUGAAAGGACUAUGGAUCUGGUUUUAGAAAUGUGCAAUACAAAUUCCAUCCACUGGUGCGGAGUUUCAGGAAGGCAACUUGGAAAGCUGCACCCAAGCUCAUCCCUCCAUCUUGCACUUACAUUGUUAUCUUCAGUGCAGGGAUUGCAAAGUGUCUCUGGCUUAAGACUUACAGACACAUUUUUGAAGAGAACAUAUGAGUACGAUGAUAUUGCACAAGUCUGUGUAGUUUCUUCAGAAGUCAAACAAAGCUGAAAAAAAAAUUAUGUCUUAUCUGCAGGGCUUUUUUUUUUUUUUUUGGACCAACUUCUUGGUGUUUUAGCAGCUGAAUCAUAUUAAAAUGUGUAAAAGCAAAACCAAAUCCCUAUAUAUCCAUAAAUUUAACUAUUGCUUAUUUUAUUUCUCUGAGCAUUUUUUUAAUGUUCUUUUAUCUUUCAAAAACAUGCCUAUGCAUUCUGUCUACAGAAAAUAAAGCCUUUGAAUAAAGUGCUGUAGCAAAUUAUAUUGCAUUAGCAUCACCUCGGGACAGAGGGGUGAGAUUGAUAUGAAACAGUAUCACUUUGUACUUAUUUUUGUUGUUUUAAUUAUUUUUAAACAGGUUUUAAAUUGUGGUUUUGUCAAAACUGCUUCAGUUUGAAGGAACUGGCCUUUUACAGAGAAAUUCCUGGAAUCCAAACUCCUAAAAAGAAACACUUUUGUGUACCUGGCAUGGCAGUGUAUUUGCAUGGUACAUGCAUAACCAUAAGUAGAGCCUGAUAAAGGCAUGAGAUGAGAGAGUGCAGCUGGCACUGCUGAAGCACUAGCAGCUAGGAAGUAGAGCAUCAGCCAAAGAAUCUGCUGGUUGUGGCUUAGUCUUUCGAAACGAGUAACACAGCAAACCUAUCGCAGUUAGCUGCAGUCUUGUGCAGCGUUGUGUGUCCCUGCCGUACAGGCAUGCUGUGAACAGGCAUGUUACUUCCCAAUUAGUAGAGAACUGAAACCAUGCAGAACUUGGGGCAUUUCGUAUUGUUGAACUGAGGUGGUGCAAAUUAUUCUACCCACCCCCCCUAUAGGCAUUUAAGUGGAUUUUUAAGAAAAUUAGGAGAAAAAGCCCUCCAUGAGUGCCCUAGAUCAAGUUCUCCAAAUCAUAUGCAGGAAGGAAUUCAGGACUUGGUUAAGCACUGAACUGUACUUUUCCCUGGCUUUGUUUUGACAAAAAAUGGAAGUAUUUUUGGCUGAAAUAUAUAAGGUCACCUAGAAGUAGCCAUUUACAGAAAAUGGUUACUGGCUUUACUAGUUAACUAGUGUUAAACGAUUCUACCCGGUGGCUUGUCAUGUUUCUCAGCUACCAUACUGGCAUGCAGCAACCUUACUUUCGACUUAUAUCAUUUAAAAAUUUCAUACAUAGGGGCCUUAAGUAUAGAAUUCAAUUUUACAACAUUGGAUAAAUUUAGGAUCAGCUUACUAAAUCGAGGGAAUGAGUCAACACAGGAAGGAAAAUAAAUUAAAACUAUAUCCUGAACAUCCAAAAUACCUGUUUAUGUUUGUUGCUCUGCAGUUUAAUAAAGAAUGCAAUGUACCUGUUACUCUAGAUACAUCAACAAACUAAAACAGUAGAACCACAACUAUCCAGACAAAAAAUGUAAAUAACUUUAUUUAUAAUCUAUUUUCAAGUUAAACAACUGACACAAGUUGAAGGAGAUGUAACCGUAUGGUAACAAGAGGUAGGAGGAGAGAUACAGAAAUGGUAGACAAAUUGCGUUUUGCCAGUAUGGCUUUCUGUAGCCCUGAAACAGCAUAUGAAUCCAAAGCUGUAGACUUGUUACAAAACCAAACGUGCAACUGAAACAAUUUCUAAGCUGAAUUUUUCAGUAAGUUUCUUUAUGAUCAGGCAUAGUUUAAAGAAUAUACUUCCAUGCAAGCAGGUUACAGAAGUUUACAAUUCAAGUGCAAGACAUUUUCUUCUCUAACAAUUAUCACACCUAUAUGCUGAUGGAACAGUAAUGAUAUAAAACCAAUUCAGUGUUAAAUGCAUAUUUGCUUAGUUGAAUGAUAGACUGCGGUUGACCUUAAAGCAGUAUUUAUAGGGAUUGUGGUUUACCACCCAAUCUAGCAGGAUGAAAAAUUUUAGUGCAAAAUAAAGUGCAGUUAUUACACAGGAAAAGAUUCCUUCCUCACCCUGUGAUUAAGACAUAUUGCAUGACUCUGUGAAACAAUCUAGCCUAUUCAAGGCAAAAUAGACUUUAGUAUAAAUGAUCCCCUUGUUUCUGUUUUCAGUGGAAAAGCAUGUAAUGACAGCUCCUGUUAUUGGUUUCACUGCUUUUCAUUUAGGCUAUAAAGCCCUUUCUGUUAAUAUACAAGAAACAAAGAAUGUUUACAAGUUAAGUAAGUAGUGUGCCAGUUGUAGCACAUUCCUAAAAGGUUAGCUAAUGCCAUCAAUAUUUUAAUAAAUACUCUGGUUACAUAUUGUCUGUACUGGAGUUAAACCUAAACAUGACGAUACUGCAGUAUGUGAAAGGAAAGUUACCACUCUAUAAUUUCAAGAGUAGUUUUCAGGUAACUAACCACUGCUUCAUCCCAUUUAACCCUGGAGACAGUUCUCCCAUAAAUCCAGUAAGCUAUAUUUUACUUGACAGUACAACUUCUGCAGCCAGUCUUUGAGUACUAUUGUAUUUUGCUGUUCUUUAGGAACUCUCAAGAGGUUCUUGACACUUUUUUGUCUUAAAGGGCAACUGACAGCAUGAAGAUUGCUGUCACAAAGUAAGGAUAAAUUGAGUGUGAGAGAGAUUGCAGUGCUGUCCAGUCCACUCUGGAUUUAUUGGUUCCCCAUAUCAAAGCUAGUAAAACUCACUUUGAGCAGUUGAAAAUACGAAAGAGAGAGCACUAAGAGGAACCGUGAAGUUUACCAGGAGACAUGCUAGGAGCAGUGGUUCUCUCCUGACACAACAUGCCACUCCAAGCAAUGUUUGUACAGUAGUUCUAGCCCACUUACAGCUUCCAUUGCUCCUUCUUGUAAAUGGUAUCCUGUCCUAUUAACUGUAAGAGAACUUAGGUAGCAGUCUUCUUGAAGGGAUUAGAUUCAGGAUCUGAACAACCUCUGAAAAAAGAUGCUGUUAGAGAUUCUCUUCUUUGUCAUCAGAUGUUAAUUCAGAAGCUGUUACUUGGAAAUAUAAUUUUAAUAUAAAGCUUAAGUAUCCCUAAAGCCUCGAAAGGCAAGUAUGGAAACUUACUUAGAGAAUUUAAAGAAGCAUUUUAAUGCUGUGUAUAGGCAAGCUCUAUUGAAUAAAGUAUGCAGUGUUUUAAAGUUGCUGUAUUAAGCUUUACCUCUUUAUUCAACAGAUGGUAAUACAGAUUUCCUAGUUUUUUGUUUUCUCCAAUUCUUUUAAUUUCUCCUUGGAUCCAGCUGCAUUUCCCCCCGUUUUAAUAGGGGAAGACUCAUAAAGUAGAUGUAUAACUAGCAUUUGCUCACAUCAAGCACAUGACUCCAAAUUUUGCAUUUGUUUCUACUUGAGGUGCUCUUUUUUGACCACAAGAAGAAUCUGAUACAAAAUCUGAAGUCCAGAAGUUCCUGUGUAUUUCUCCAUUUCAGAGUCUAAUGUUAAUCCUUCACAUACCUUCUCCAGUCUAUCUGGCCAGCAGAUAUCACCCUGUCUUAGAAAUCAAAGCAGGCUCCUCAAAUUAGUUUUGCUAUACAAAGAGGAAAAUGUGAGUGUUGAGAACCUCUCUGGAGUAAAAACAAGCAUACAUUGUACCGGAAAGCAGUGUAAACAGUAAGCAGCAUAAAAAAUUUAACAUAAUAAAAAUAUAGAAAAGCAGUGGUCUCUGAAAGAGCAAGAUUAACUGGGCAAGAAAAGCCAGGAUAGGAAUAGAAAUACUGUAGAGUGGAAAAAUCUUUAACUUGGCCAUAUAACCAUCACUUUAACAUAGAUAUAUGUAAUGAAACUUAAAAGAAAAAUAAAAAUAACACCAUUAAUUGUUUAAGCCAGUGACUUACCACACAAGAAUAGGAAGAGAAUCCUUUCUAAGGCAAAUUAUUUUUUGUAAAUUUUCAGUAUUAGUUAUUUGUACAGUCACAGGAUCAGUUUUAGCUUAUUACAGUUAGGAAUUUUAAGCUUAUGUUAAAUACUGCAUACAUACAGAAUGUAAUACAGUUUGCCAUGCGUAGGAAAAUAGUGCCAUAAUGCUGACCUCCAGGGCUGCCAUCAUGAUCUGAAGGUAUACAUGGCAAUAGAAAAGCCUAAAACUUCUUAAUACUAUUUCCUUUCACAAGCCAAGUUCCAUCUUGGUUUCUGUGUAUUAUCCUACUCAGGACUAGCGUCUUCUCUUUCUCAACAAUUGUGGUACUCCAUUGUAUGCAAUCAUCUCCCUCCCUCCUGCCCAGUGAAGUUGAAAAAUAUUUCAUGUUACUAAUGACAGCCUCUCCACAGGCUUAAAGAAACAGACUUUUCAAGCAUGAGUUUUAAGUACAUUCUAUACUCCAACACCAAUUUAUGCUCAUUUAUAAAAGGGCAUAUCAGAAGGGCCUACUGCUUCAAUAUUUGACAGGGAGUACAGCCAUAAUGAUUUUUACCAUAACAGGACUUACAGUAGGAUUUCAGAAUUAAGCUGUUAUGCAAGAUCAGCCCAUUACAAAACUCCUCCUCACUCAGUAGCCCUGGAGAUCAACCUAAUGCACAUACUGAAAAUGACUUGUACUUAGGGAUUUUAAUAAACCACCUAUUAGUGUAUUAAUUUUCAGGAGUUAACUAUACAUAAACGAUAUGUUCCAAGUUAUGUGCAGUAGAUCUGUUUAACAGAUUUAUUCUUGUUUGCAAACACGCACAAAGAAUUUUCUGUCUUCUAUUCAAGCAGAAGAGUUACAAUGGUGCUUUUGCUACUAACUAUGGUACGCAUUUUGGGGUUAUAUACCAUUCCAAUUCACAUGCCUCCUUUAAGUCAGGAAUGCUCUUCGGUGCUGCCACUGAAAGAUCUGCUCCGGAUGUGAUUUCUCAGUUGCUCUAUGAGCUCUGGAUUCUGCUGCUGUAUCUGUUGCGCAAACUGCUGCCCCCUGUGUUCAACAGUUUUACGUAAAAUCAAGUGAAAAAAAUUAUAUGCAGCAUUUGUAAGAAAACUGGACAUCCCGAUACAACUGAAAGGUGUAUUAUAUGAAAGUUAAGGCUGAAGGUAACUUGCUGUAUAAUCUUAAUCAAGGUAGUAUGACUUUAUCUAGUAAAAGUCUCUCCAAACAGGAUUAACAUCAGAUCUCCAUUUUCAUUCUUUAGGACUAUUAUUCCUACUUGAUGUCAUGGAGGAGAAAGUAAAAACUAAAAUUUAGCAAUCAAUCUGCUCCAGUGAUGUGCUACCUUCUUUUUGUGAGGUUGUUUAAGAGAACUGCUGUUGAAGUGCAACCUUGUAUUAGUUUUUCCAAAAAUGCAGUGUGCGGCUGCCAACGUGUACUUGUGAGCAGGACUUCAUUAGUAGAAAGUAAGCAUACAGUUACACCUUUAAUGUCCUGUAUGACUGAAGUAAUGACAGAUCCAUCUCUGUAACAGCUCUAGCUUAAGAGUUAAAUUAAUAGAUGACAUUAAUUUUAUGUAAAAUAUAAGCAUAACACUGGUUUACUAGAAAAAGCAAGUAAAAUGCUACUUCAUGAAUAGCCUGGCAUGGCUUCUCUCUAACUUUUGCAUUUUUGUCCUGAAGGGGCAAAACUUAAAAAUACUUUGAAAUAGGCGAGAAUAAAGUAAAACUCUAUGCACUUUAAAAGGUCUUGCUAUAUAAGCAAAUGGCAUUUUUGUGCAGACUCCUCCAGAUGGAUUAUUGUUAUACUAUAAAAGCCUUGGGUCCUGGUUUUUGUGAAAGCUACUCAUCAUACCGAGUUCCCUGAAGCCUUCCUAGUUCUAAACAGAAGGAUGCAGGUGCAGCACUUGUUGCAAUCUAUACUAAGCAAAUCUGUAGCUUUUCAAACUAAUGUCUUGGGUAUCAGGUAGUAGAUUUAUCAACACAAUUUGAAAGCACGUGUAGGAGUACUUUAGGAUUUAAGGGAGCAUUUUUAGUAAGUGGCAUUUAGAAAGUAAACAGUGUAGGAGAAGCAGAAAGUGAAACUGAGCACAUGGUUCAGUCAUUCCAAUUGCUGGAAACAUACAAAGCAAACAAAAAAGAUAGUGGAAAUUAAAUCUUUAAGUUCUCAGUUUUAAUAAUAAUCAGACAUACAAUGGCAACAGGCCACAUUAUAAUUGGCUUGACACUAUCCCUUUUAAAUAGAUGUUACACAAUAGUGCUUCUACAAAUGUGAUAGCCAAAAACUAUACAGUUCUUACUUACGCAUGGAUCAGGCUGGACAAAUCCGACAGGCCACCAACACCUGCAGCAGGGCCACCAAUGGCGUUUGACAUCAUCCCCGACAUCCUGGAACAGUUAGCACAGUGUUGGCAUUGGGGUAUGCAGGGACGCUUACAGUAAACAAUAAACUAUAAUUCUUGUUUUAAUUGCUCAGAGGAAAUAAGCUGCAAGAGAAGGAAACUGAAGCAGUUUAUUUACAGUAAGCAAAAAUAAAAUUAAUUUUUAUCCACCUUUUCUCUUAUUAAUUCAAAGCCCUAAAAACAUUCGUUUUAAUGGUACUCUGUUUUAAAUACUUACAGUUGUUGAACUUGAGGAUUCUGCAUUAAGCUUGCUGCCUAGAAUAGACAACAUGUAGCUGAAAUUAUAACACAUUUACUACUUAGGUAUCACUGAGGAAAAUAAGGGGAAAAAAAAACCACUGAAGAAACAUGCUGUAUUCUGUGUUCUAGUACAAAAUUAAGCUAGGUUUAUAUACAUGGAGAUGUACAGUCCCCAGCAAAAAGAAUCAUUACAGGAAUGUAUUUCAAAGACAUAAAGCUGAGACAAUUUGUUAAAUUAGAUAAAAAUACUUGUUACAGAUUCAGACAUAAAAAUACAUCAAGAUGACAUUAAAUAUAAAAAGCCUGUACUAGAAAAUGGGGGAUGGGGGUGUAAAAAAAAAAAAAUAAAUUUAAGAAUUCCAAGGACAAAAGUUUGCUGUUGUUUUUUGGAGAAAGGUCUGUAUUGUAUUCCUGUAUUUUGUUGAUUCUCAGCCUGGAUAAAUCAGUUUUGCAAUGACUGUUACUAUUGGGUAUAAAUUGUUAAGAUUACAGCCACAAAAUACUGCAGAAUAAACCAGAAUGUGAAGUUUUUUCA